AUGGACUUUGCACCUUACCAAGCCGCACCCCCGGAGCAUGGGCGCACCAUCUCACCACCCGACUCCACCUCCUCCCCACGCACAUCAUGGGACUACGGCCGCCGUUCUUCCUACUCCCCCGGCAGCGGAAACAAGUACCAACAGCGCCCAGCGCAAGUAUCGCCUCCGCCACUUCUACACCCACAACCACAUCGUGCUUGGUCGGGUGAGGGCAUCAGCAGGUAUCAAAGUCCGAGUGCUACUCCCGGCACCGCCAAUGGGAUCGGCAGUGGCAUUGGGUUCAGCAGUAGGAACGGCAGUGGUGGAGGAGGAGGAGUAGGAGGAAGCAUGGGCGAGUAUUUCAAUGCGCUGGGCGCUCGAGAGGGGAUGGUGUCCGAGUUUGAUACGAGCUUGGGACUGAGGCUGGAUUAUGAGGCGUGUUUGGCGUAUUUGGCAGUGCCGCCGCUGGGAGCGAUUUUGCUGUUGAUUUUGGAGCGAAAGAGUGAUUAUGUCAGGUUCCACGCAUGGCAGUCCAGUCUGCUUUUUACGGCAUUGUUUGUGCUUCAUUUGUUGAUUUCUUGGUCGAGUUUCCUUAGCUGGCUGUUAUUUCUGGCGGAUUUGGCGUUGGUAGGAUGGCUGGUCAUUAAUGCUUAUAGGGACGCCGACACGUUAGACAGAUACGAAGUACCGAUUUUUGGGCCGAUAGCAAGCGGGAUCUUGGACGACGAGUAG